AUGAGACCGAGAUUGCCUCGAUCGUGUGGCCAAGCACUUGCCACCCUCACCAACGACGAGGUCUUGUUUACGGGGUCUGGUGGGGUCAGGAUCGCUGGCGUGGAACGUAGUUGCCGCAUCGAUCCUGAGGACAUGAAUGCGGCUACGCUGAAGCUGACCGCAUUGUCGGAGAUUGUCAAACGAUUAAUGAAAAAGAACGAGAAAUUCGACCCUGAUUUUCCGUGGAGCCCAGAGGCUCAGAACCUCCCACACAGGCUGGAUACGGUCGAACUGGACGAAUUGAUGCUGGACGGCUUUUUUGCUUCCUUGAAAGGUGAGGCAGAACUAAAACUUAUGGUGAAUAUCGUAAACAAGACCUCGCACUACGAUAUCAACUUUCCGGCCCGCAGUUGA